AUGACACUAGUGCUCUACUGUCCCACUGGCUUUCUGAAGAGUGGAACUGGCAGCCGCGUGGCUGAUGUGUUGAAGGUGUUAACUGGCAGCCGCGUGGCUGAUGUGUUGAAGGUGUUAACUGGCAGCCGCGUGGCUGAUGUGUUGAAGGUGUUAACUGGCAGCCGCGUGGCUGAUGUGUUGAAGGUGUUAACUGGCAGCCGCGUGGCUGAUGUGUUGAAGGUGUUAACUGGCAGCCGCGUGGCUGAUGUGUUGAAGGUGUUAACUGGCAGCCGCGUGGCUGAUGUGUUGAAGGUGUUAACUGGCAGCCGCGUGGCUGAUGUGUUGAAGGUGUUAACUGGCAGCCGCGUGGCUGAUGUGUUGAAGGUGUUAACUGGCAGCCGCGUGGCUGAUGUGUUGAAGGUGUUAACUGGCAGCCGCGUGGCUGAUGUGUUGAAGGUGUUAACUGGCAGCCGCGUGGCUGAUGUGUUGAAGGUGUUAACUGGCAGCCGCGUGGCUGAUGUGUUGAAGGUGUUAACUGGCAGCCGCGUGGCUGAUGUGUUGAAGGUGUUAACUGGCAGCCGCGUGGCUGAUGUGUUGAAGGUGUUAACUGGCAGCCGCGUGGCUGAUGUGUUGAAGGUGUUAACUGGCAGCCGCGUGGCUGAUGUGUUGAAGGUGUUAACUGGCAGCCGCGUGGCUGAUGUGUUGAAGGUGUUAACUGGCAGCCGCGUGGCUGAUGUGUUGAAGGUGUUAACUGGCAGCCGCGUGGCUGAUGUGUUGAAGGUGUUAACUGUGCUGAGCCGUCAAAUCGGUGAGCAGCUGCUCUUUGUCACGAAGCCACACCCACCCAAUUGUUAGA